UGUAAUUAGCAAUAACUUGUUAACAGCUCCUAACUCAUACCCCACGAUGUUGAAUUUAUCGCCUUCUCUGUUUGCGCCCAGUGAGUGGGACAUGGAGGAACCCACAAAUCGCAACGAUGAUCAUCAGAACUUGUUUUUCAAAGACGGAACUACUCUUCAGUUUAGCUUCUCGCCACCACCUGCAGAUCAUCAGGUUGAGGAGGCUCAGAGAUCUACGCCACUAUCCCUUGCCCCAAGUGAAGACCCGACCACCGUCAAAAAGCUUAACCACAAUGCCAGUGAACGCGAUCGCCGCAAGAAGAUCAACUGCUUGUAUUCUUCACUUCGUUCUAUGCUUCCUUGGUCUGAUGCAACGAAAAAGUUGAGCAUCCCGGCAACAAUUUCACGAGUCCUAAAGUACAUACCGGAGUUGCAGCAGCAAGUGGAAGAGCUUAUCAAGAAAAGGGAGGACCUUUUGUUGAGAAUCUCUCGGCAAGGAGAUGCGUCGAGCAAAGAAUCUCGAAGGAAGAUGGCUCAUCACUCCGCUGCCACCGCUUGCGUAGUUUCAACAAGCAGGCUCAGUGACAAUGAAGCUGUUGUUCAGAUUUCCUCCGACAAGCUCCACAAAGCUGCUUUCUCUCAGGUUUUGCUUUGUUUAGAGAAGGAAGGGCUUUUAUUGCUAAAUGCUUCAACCUUUGAGACAUUUGGACAACGGAUCUUCUAUAACUUGCAUUUGCAGAUGGAUGAAAUUUGUAGAAUAGAGCCAGAAAUUCUAACCGAGAAGAUUUCAUCAAUAUAUGAGAGGAAGGAAGGGAAUUUUCAAUGUUUUUAAUGAAGAUGACAUCCUCAUAAUAUAUGGGAGCCCUCAUACAUGUAAUCUGAUGAUACCUGAAAAUCUAUCUGUACAUGCUGUGGGAGUAUUACUUUCACAAAUUAAAGAAGCAAAUUGGAGACGGACGGUCUUUUAUAUGGACCUUAUGUUAGAUACAAAUGGUACCAUCAAUU